AUGGACCCUACUGGUAGUACUCCAGAGAUGGGAGCACCGGAGAUUGGGACAUCCGAAGGACCAAGUAUUCAGCUUGAGGAGACGAUAAGUGCUUCACAGUUGAUGCAAAUGAUGGUGCAACAGCAAGCUGCUGCCAGGGAAGACAUGAUGAGGAUGGUAGAAGUACAGCAACAGUUCUUGCAGCAACAGUUGCAGCAGCAGCAAGCAAUGUAUCAACAACAGCAGCAACAACAACAGCAGUUUCAAGGCACUACAGCUCAGCCGGAGUACCGAGUCAGUCUGUUGGAUUUUCAGAGAUAUGCACCCCCAGCAUUUAAAGGUACGGCUGGCCUGAUGGAGGCUGAGAGCUGCUGA